AUGUCGACCGACUGGGACUCCGUCACCCGCAUUGGCAGCAAGCACCGUGGAGGUAGUGCGCCGCGCGAGACCGUCGUCAAGGGCCGAAGCGCCCUGAACGCCGCCCAGCGAUCUGGUCUGAUCGUUGCAACUGAGAAGAAGUUUUCUACCGGCAAUGCGGCCGCCCGCGCCACCGCCGUCGAAGGCCAACACCUGACCAAAGUCGACCGAAGCGACGACAUCGUCAAGCCUAAGACGGUAGGCAUGCAAGUCGCCGAGGCGAUCAAGCGCCGCCGGAACGAGGAAGGGUACAAGAUGUCGCAGAAGGAGCUGGCCACCAAGUGCAACACGACCGUGUCGGUGAUCCAGGACUUUGAGCGCGGCACCGCCACGCCCGACCAGAAGGUGCUCAGCGCGAUGGAGCGCGUGCUCAACAUCAAGCUGCGGGGGUCGGACAUCGGGAAGGAGAAGUUCCCCAAGAAAAAGUAA